CCAGGGCUCCUCCUCCCAUAAAAAUAGGUGCAAUUAACGGCAGAUGAAAACAUGUGGAGGGGUGUUUUGAUCAGCGUCCCCCUGCGUCUCAGCGCCGGCGCAGCUGGAGCCUCAGAGCAGCUACACGGAGCUCCGCGCUGCUGCUGGAAGAGUGGUGGGAGGCGACGAGGUGGCGUCUCACACCUCGUGGCCUUGGCAGGUGUCGCUCCAGUACAACAAAGACGGGUCCUUUCAGCAUUUCUGUGGAGGAACCCUGAUCAGCAAAGGUUGGGUGAUGACUGCAGCUCGGUGUGUGUACAGCUGCUCCACAGUCACAGCUCCUUCCGCGUGGUCCUCGGGGAUCUAAUUCUGCACUCGGGACACGGCACGGAGCAGUACAGGAAUGUGGCCAAGUUUUACGUCCACCCUGAAUGGAACUUUAACAGCAUCUCCUCUGGCUUCGACAUCGCCUUGUUGCGCCUGUCUUCCGAGGCGAGCGUGACCGCGUACGUGAAGCCGGCGCCGCUGCCGCCGUUCGGCGAGGUCCUGCCCCACGGCAGCCCCUGCUACAUCACCGGAUACGGGAGCACCUCCACCGGUGGCGGCGGGGUGUCCAGGAUGAGGCAGGCCCACCUCCCCGUGGUCGACCACCAGACCUGCACCAGCUCGGGCUGGUGGGGCAGCACCGUCAAGACCACCAUGAUCUGCGCCGGAGGGGGCGCGGCGUCCGGAUGCGACGGGGACUUUGGGGGUCCUCUGAGCUGUAAAGUGAAUAACGUCUGGUACGUGCACGGCGUCGCCAGCUUUGUGUCGGGCAUGGGCUGCAACGCUCCCCAGAAGCCCACAGUCUUCACCCGCGUCUCCGCCUACAUCACGUGGAUCAACACAGUCAUGAGCAAUCCUUGAAGCUCCCUGUGCUACAGAAAUGACUCAUUUUCUAAUUAUUCUGCUAUGAAUAAGCGGUUGCCAAUAAAAUUUCUCCGAAUCAC